CAUAUAUAUAAAAUAUAACGUGCGGGCUGCGGCGCCAUAUGCGCAAUAAGCUGUCUGCACUAGAAUUAUAAAAAUAAUUUUCCAUUGAACACGUCGGUGUACGACAAGGACAAACACGAAUGUGGAGCUUUCAAGCUUGGAUUUUCUAUGGGCUGGGUGAGCUCCUGUACUGCAUAACACAAGUGGCGAUGAAGAUAUAAAAAUAAUCAUUACUUGCCAUUCAAGAAGAAGCGCUGAACUGAAACACACGUGCGUGAAAAUGCAAGAGUUAACAAAAGAGGCAACUUAGGAUGAAAUUAAGCUACAUCAUUUGUAGUUGACGUUUUUAUAGUCUUAAUUUGUGAAACAUAGUCAAAAAAUCAUUUCAAAAUGGUGAAGUUAUGGGAAGGACUGACCAUCAAUGAUGUUGCUGGAGCAAUAGCAUCAUUGACUAUGAUCUUCGGUGGUAUUGUACCCUUUAUUCCACAAUAUCAAGAAAUCAUAAGGAAACAAGAUUGUGAAGGAUUUUCCCUGUAUAUCUGUUUAGUUCUUUUAAUAGCGAAUACAUUGAGAAUAUUAUUUUGGUUUGGAAGACAUUUUGAAACACCUCUAUUACUUCAAAGUAUUUUAAUGAUAAUUGCAAUGUUAUAUAUGAUAAAAGUUUGUGUUUCUAUACAAAAUGAGCAACAGUUAAUCAAAAUGAAAGAACGAACAUUCACAGAUUUUGAAACUAAAUAUUUUUGGAAAUGGACAGACUUUCAGUCAUACAUUGAUUUUGUUCUAAUUUUUGGCAUUGUGGGAGCUAUGAUGAUGUAUGUGUUCAUUGACAUUCCAUUAUUUGUGGAGUCUAUAGGACUUCUUGCCUUAUUAACGGAAGCAAUGUUAGCACUACCCCAAUUUCUUAAGAAUUAUAGAAAUAAGUCUACUCAUGGAAUGAGUAUUGCAAUGGUCACUAUGUGGACUGUAGGUGAUUCAUUUAAGACUGGCUACUUUAUUCAGCGACGGGCACCACUUCAGUUUGCAUUCUGUGGCAUGCUUCAAAUUUUAAUCGACUUAGCUAUCCUUGGUCAAGUUCAUGUCUAUAGAAAUAAUACAAUGUCAUUACACAGACCUAUUAGAGCAGAUUAAUGUUUUCAUCUUGCUGGAAAAAUAAUCAAGAUGAUCCUGCCUUUACAGAGCAUCUGAAAUAUACAAUUUAAAUAUGGACAGCUUAUUUAAAAAAACCUCAGACUAUAAAAAAAAGCACAACAUUUUAACAGAAAAAUUAUAUUCAGUCAAAAGAAUUGACAGAUAAAUAGCUGUGAACUAUCAAAGAGAAAGCAAAUUGCUAAUUUUUUAUAUAUUUACACAUAGAUAUUCUUUGAUUAUAAAAAGAUAUUUUUAUACAUUCAAUCUAUUUAAGUGGUUAAAUAUUCUAAAUAACAAAUUUUUUUUGUUUUAAUGACUUGAAACUGUAAUUUUUUACUCAUAUUUUUUACUAGUCGCUAACAGUAUAGUUUUUUUUUUAUAAAAAAAUUAAGUUGUAUAUAAUUGUACAUGUUUAGUUAUUAAGUACAGAGAAGCUUUUUUUCACUAUAUCAACUAUUGUACUAUUUAUCAAUCAUUGUUUUCAUAGAAUGAAUUAUUUUAAUAAAAUAGUAAAUAUCAUGUCUUAAGGUGAAUUAAUUUGAGAAAGUCUAAAAUUGCGCAUAUAUAUUGACAAUGAAAAUCAUGCAAUUUCAAGCAUUUUAGUUCUCAUUCUUAAGGUGCAUAAUAUAUUCCGAAUCUCUAUACAGAGAUUAAUUUUAUUCCAAUGAAUUAGCGGCUAUCGUCUACACAUAUUUUUAUUGAAUUUUUAAUUUCUUUGAGUAAUUUAUAAUAAUUGUUUUAAUAUAGUUAAUAAUAUAAUAGUGUAAUUUUGGAGCAUAGUUGUAAAUUGUCAAUGUAUAAUACACCAUAUUUUAAAGUGAUAUUAUUAUAGAUUUAUAAUGAGUGUUAUCUUUGCGAAUAAUUUGUACUUAAAAAAGAUCUAUCUAAUGAAAUUAUAGAAUGUUUUAAUCUAAAUGGCAUUUUGUAAACGAUAAAAGUGUAUCUUAAUCGAUGAAAUGAAUAAAAUUAUGUA